AUGGCAUCAACAUCAAACCUAAUGUGGAAUUCCAGUUUUCAGUGUGCAAUAACUUUUGAUUUUGAUCCAACAAACGUAACCCAUUUUCCAGCAUCAGUCGUCCCAACGCUGAUAUCUCUUGUAGCCAUAAACAUCGUCACCUCUCCACCAACCGUCCUCAUCAACCUGCUGGUUAUCUGGACCGUGCUGGAAAAUAAACAGCUCAGAUCUAACAGCUACAACCUCAUCUUCGCCAUUCUGUCUCUCAGCGAUCUUCUGAUAGGACUCAUUGUACAACCACUGUUUGUUGCUUUGGGAGUCUGUAUUACAGUCCAGUGUUCGUACAUCUGUGAACUAACCAUGGCCUAUGCGGUAUCAGCGCUACUUUGCUAUGGAUGGACAGCUGUUACAUUGGCGAUUGUCAGCCUGGAAAGAUACCUUUACAUAGAGCGUCCCCUCUUCUAUCAUGCUUCAGUCACCUCCAAGAAACUGAUGAUAGCAACGGCAGUUACUUGGUCCUGCGUAGGGUUUUCAAAAGUGUUCUCAAGAAUCCUUGCAAACAGCUCCUUCUGGACCAGGCAGCUUCCUAUGAUCCUAACUAUGGGGCCCAGCUUCGUAAUCAUCUUUUUUUGCGUUACCAAAAUACACCUGACGGCCCGUCGACAGAUGAGAACCAUCGUCGCCCAACAACAAUCUGUAGCCCAGCAAGGUAAGAUCAAGGAAUACAAGCGCACUCUCACUCUAGGCUUGGUAGUGCUAGCAUCCGUCGUGUGUUUGUGUCCAAUAUUGAUUUUGAAGAUCGUAGGAGCUGUGAAGAGCAACUGGGGUGAUGAUGACUUCAGAUAUCUAUCACAAGGAAUCUAUUUCACCGUUAUGCACAUGCAGUCGAUUAUCAACCCCAUCAUCUAUUCCUUUCGUCUAUCGGACAUUCGCUCUGGGGUGAAAAAUAAAAUAUGCCGGCACUUUCGAGCAUAG